ACGACCGUUGACGAAAAUUGUUGCAUCAUGCCGAAAUUUUGUUGCAUCGGAGAAAAAAUGUUGCAUGAAGAUCUACGGUCGAAAGUUUGAGCCGGCGGAGAGCACUGGCCGGAGAAGAAAGGGGACGACUUCGCUCUGGUCCCGCGUAACGCCGCCAAGUGUACAUCUCUCCUGACAAACUGGAUAAGCCGGCGGGCUUCACCUCCUUCGUCGCCACCCGCCACUACUCGAUCACCUCAUCAGCUACUCCGGCCGUCGCAUUCUUCACGACUCCUCCCGGCGCAUUCUCCAACCUUCUAGAACGCUCACCUUCCUCCUCCUUCCGAACCAUUUUAAGCUCCCCCAUGAGCUCCAAAGAUCUCCACACCAAAAUCAAAGCACCAGAUCGAACAGGCAGCAGGCACCAUAAACCACGCUCCACAGCUCGCCGUCGCCGGCAGUAAUGGCUUCCACUUCUCUCGUUGCAUCUAUCGUCUGUAGCAGCAGCGGCAGCAGCAGCACUGGCAGGAGCGCGGCCUUGCCAAGAAGCUUCUGCAGAAACCAUCACAGGCUUUCUCUCAGGCCUCUCAGGAGCAGCUCCAUCGUCAGGUGCUCGCUGCAGAAGCAAGAUCAGGCGAAGGAGAACCGGCCGGUCUCCUCCAUUGCCGUUGCUCCGGACGAGCAAAAGGUCGAGGAGUCGAAGAAGGCGUCGUCGCAUCAUGCCGGAGGAGGAGGGGGAGGAGAUCAUCCGGAAGGAGGUGAUGGCGAGGACAGCGAGAAGAAGAGCAGGGAUGAGCAGCAAGAGGUGGACUGGAGGUCGGACGAGGAGUUCAAGAAGUUCAUGGGCAACCCGUCCAUCGAGGCCGCCAUCAAGCUCGAGAAGAAGCGCGCCGACCGGAAGCUCCGGGAGCUCGACCGCGAGCCCGACGCCAGCCCGAUCUCCGGCCUGCUCCGUGGGUUCAUCAAGGGCACGCUGGAACGGGAGAAGCAGAGGCUGGAGGAGGCCGAGCAGACCUUCAAGGCGCUCGACCUCAACAAGCUCAAGAGCUGUUUCGGGUACGACACGUUCUUCGCGGUGGACGUGCGGCGGUUCGGCGACGGCGGCAUCUUCAUCGGCAACCUGAGGAAGCCCAUCGAGGAGGUGAGGUCGAAGCUGGAGAAGAAGAUCGCCGAGACGGCCGGGACGGAGGUCACGCUCUGGUUCAUGGAGGAGAGGAACGAGGACAUCACCAAGCAGGUUUGCAUGGUGCAGCCGAAAGCAGAGAUCGAGCUGCAGCUCGAGAUGACCAAGCUGAGCACGCCGUGGGGCUACCUGAGCGCCGUGGCGCUGGCCGUCACGACCUUCGGGACCAUAGCUCUCAUGAGCGGCUUCUUCCUCAAGCCCGGCGCCUCCUUCGACGACUACGUCUCCGACGUCCUCCCCCUCUUCGGAGGCUUCCUCUCCAUCCUCGGCGUAUCCGAGGUACCACAUCUAUGCACUCGCCGGCACGUGCUGCUGAUGAAACGUUGUUUUUUGCUGAUGAUCCUGGGAAUGGCAAUUUCAUGGCAGAUUGCGACGAGGUUGACGGCGGCGAGGUACGGCGUGAAGCUGAGCCCGUCGUUCCUGGUGCCGUCCAACUGGACGGGGUGCCUGGGCGUGAUGAACAACUACGAGUCGCUGCUGCCGAACAAGAAGGCGCUGUUCGACAUCCCCGUCGCCCGCACGGCCAGCGCGUACCUGACGUCGGUGGCGCUGGCCGUGUCGGCCUUCAUCGCCGACGGCAGCUUCAACGGCGGCGAGAACGCCCUGUUCAUCCGGCCGGAGUUCUUCUACAACAACCCACUGCUGUCGUUCGUGCAGCAGGUAAUCGGGCCGUACACCGACGAGCUGGGCAACGUGCUGCCCAACGCGGUGGAGGGCGUGGGCGUGCCGGUGGACCCGCUGGCGUUCGCGGGGCUGCUGGGGAUCGUGGUCACGUCGCUGAACCUGCUGCCGAUCGGGCGGCUGGAGGGCGGCCGGGUCGCGCAGGCGCUCUUCGGCCGGCGCACGGCGGCGCUGCUGUCGUUCGGCACGUCGCUGCUGCUGGGGGCGGGCGCCGUCGGCGGCAGCGUGCUGUGCCUGGCGUGGGGGCUCUUCGCCACCUUCAUCCGCGGCGGCGAGGAGAUCCCGGCGCAGGACGAGAUCACGCCGCUGGGGAGCGAGCGCUACGCGUGGGGCUUCGUGCUCGCCGUCGUCUGCCUCCUCACGCUCUUCCCCAACGGCGGCGGCACCUACUCCAGCUCCUUCCUCGGCGAGCCCUUCUUCAGGGGCGGCAUCUAGACCUGCUCGUGUGAGAUCCUAGUAGCGUAGAAGUAGUAGUGAUCACAUCAGGCCUUCUGCGUCUCCACCAACUAACCAGUAUUUGCACUCUGAUAAAAUGUUUUCCGUUCAUGAUAUAGGGAGAUAAAAUGUACCGUUACUCUGAAGCCACAGCAUUUGUUCUCUCUUUCUUAGUGAGGCAAUUGCAUCUGGAAACAUGAAGCAACAAGUGUUUGUGCGUGAA